GGCCCGCAGGGAGAUGCUGGAGGUGCUGCCGCUGCCCGCCGAGCAGCUGCUCCAGGAGCACCGCCGGGCCUGGGCCGAGCCCUUCAUCUCAGGUGUAGAAAUGCGGAAGAUCACCGACGCUCACACUCCCUCCAGCGACACCGUCAACAUGACCCUCUACUAUGUCCUGUCGACCACCCCGGCGCCCCUCCUGGACCCCCACAUCAGCCCUGAGGAGAAGGAGAAGAUGGAAGCCGCUUUGAACUAUGCGGACCACUGCUUCAGCGGCUACGCCACCAUGCACGCCGAGAAUCUGUGGCCGGGACAGUUGUCGACCGUCCUGCAGGUCCUGCAGCUCGCGAACCUGUGGAAGCUGACGCUCCAGAAACGAGGCUGCAAGGGGCUGGUGGCAGCCGGGGCCCACGGGCUCAUGCAAGGCAUGGUGCUGAGCUUCGGCGGGCUGCAGUUCACCGAGAACCACCUGCAGUUCCAGUCCGACCCGGAGGUCCUGCAGAACAGCUAUUCCUUGCGGGGGAUCCAUUACAACAAGGACUUGAUCAACCUGGCCGUGCUGCUGGAUGCCGAGGGGAAACCCUUCCUGCACGUCUCCGUGAAGUUCCAGGACAAGCCGGUGAAGCUGUACGCCUGCGAGGGGGGCUGCUCCAACGAUCCCGUGGAGCUGACGUCCGAGCUGCACGGCCACACGUUUCCCGUCAUGGUGACGCAGCCCAUCACGCCGCUGCUGUACAUCUCCACCGACCUCGUCCACCUGCAAGAUCUGCGCCACACGCUGCACCUCAAGGCCAUCCUGGCCCAUGAAGAGCACAUGGCCAAACAGUAUCCGGGCCUUCCCUUCCUGUUCUGGUUCAGCGUGGCCUCCCUCAUCACUCUGUUCCACUUGUUCCUCUUCAAGCUCAUUUACAACGAGUACUGCGGGCCGGGGGCCAAGCCGCUCUUCCGGAGCAAGGUAUAGAACGUCGGCCGAGCUCGGCUCGACGGCCUGACCGGCUGAACCGAACCCGGAUUUCCGGGGCUCGGAUCCUUCUCCCUGACAUCACCCUGGACGCAGGGAACCCAUAGUUGCUCAGAACAGCCUCUGAAUAAGCAGCCUUUGCACGUUUGCCUUUCUAGAAGAUGUGAUCUCAGCGGGGAGGCUGAUAAAGCGAGGCUGGUCAAUAAUAAACACUCUGUUGGUUCUCCUGCCAGAUUAUUCAGGGUUAGCCCCUUUUCUGUAGCUGUGGUCAUCUCAGUUCUGUCUGAGUGCUGUUCAAAAAAGAAUUCACCGGCAGUGUGACGGGGGAGCGUGGCACCUGGGUUCCAAGGCUGACGAGAGGCGUGGUAAAUAAGCGAGUAUCAAGGGCCCUCACUGGGUUAACUUGCCCUGCAAGAACCAGGAUGAAGGACGGAUGCUCCUUGGGGGCAGAAAGGCUUGUCAUGAAUGCCCUUACUCCCCCAAAAAUGCAGUGUAUGGUGGAGCAAAAGCCAACCGUUCUUACCUGGCUUCUCUCCCCAAUACACCCAGGCCUAGCCGUUCAGCCGAAGAGCAGAGACUGAAGCGGAAAGGUUACCCAGCGUAGCCGAGAUUGACGUUGGCACAGAACUCUGGGGCUUGCGUCAGGUGGGAAUGGCGCCUCAUCUGACCCAAAAACCAGAUUUCAGUGUCAAAACAGGGCAGGGGUGCAGCUGGAACUGCUGUGCGCCAAAAACAUCAAAAAAGUCUUUGAACAAUUGUUUAGGAGAUGUAAUGGGGAGAGAUGUGGAAAGAGGUCCCUCACAUAAUACGUGCAUAUUGCUGGGAUCCAUUUUUCUCACUCCCUUCUGCCUCUUCCUCCUCUUGGGGUUGGUGCCUCAGCUAUUCAGACAAGUCUUUUUUUUUUUUAAGAGUGAUUGACAGGCUACCCAGCCCCUCUUGAAAAGUCCCAGUCCCUGCCAAUGUCCAAAAAAACAUAACCACCCUGGCAGAGAUUUAUUGGAACUGAGCACAGGGCCUUUUCUUUCUCUCUCUCUCCCUUUAAAAGUCUGCAUUCCAAAACUUUCCCUGGAGCUUAAGAGCAAUUUGCUAUCAUUAAAGCAGUUAAAAAGAGAGGCUGCCUGCGGGGUGGGGUGGGGGGGCUCCGUGUGUAUACAGGUGCAUUUUUCAAAGACAGCCUUGUGAAAACAACAGGAAGAUGAAUAGUCCAGAAAAACACCUUGGGCUCAAAAGCAUCAUUGCUCUUUGAGCAAAUGAAUGACUGAGUCUUGGGUCUUCUGUCUAAGGAGCUCAGCCCGAGACGAGCCCCCCGCUAGAGAGGGGAAGGGCCCCUAAAACAGCUUCACCUUCGGGGCCCUCCUGCAAAGGAGGUGCAAACAGGACACAACCCCCUGGGUGUCCUUGCUGUGUCUCUACCCCCCCCCCCCCAGGCCCUUUCGCUUCUUAGUUCUGUUGGCUUUCCUUACUCUUCGAUAAAAAAUACUUGAAAAUGUG